UGGAGAGCGGAGAGGAGAGACUGGAGGAGGGACAAGAGGGUGAGGAGGGGCCUGCAGUCCCUCAGCCCCCUGCAAGGUCCCACAGUAAGACCAAGAAGGGUCGUCGGGAGCGCCGCCAAGCCGACCGCGGGACUGAACCCACGACCGCACCCCAACCAGCUGCACUGCAGUCCCAAAUGGAGGCGGAGCCACAGGCAGAGGUGUCAGAGCCACAGGCCGGCCCCUCAGAGGAGGCGGCUGGCAGCGAGUCAGCAGGUGUUCCUAAGCAGCGACGCUCGAUCAUCCGGGACCGGGGUCCAUUGUACGAUGACCCGUCGCUGCCUGAAGGCUGGACCCGCAAACUCAAACAGAGGAAGUCUGGACGCUCAGCGGGGAAGUUUGACGUUUACCUGAUCAACUCGGAGGGGAAGGCUUUUCGUUCCAAGGUGGAACUCAUCGCUUACUUCCAGAAGGUUGGUGACACGACUACUGACCCCAAUGAUUUUGAUUUCACUGUCACUGGACGUGGAAGCCCGUCCCGCCGUGAGAAACGUCCCCCCAAAAAGCCAAAGGUGGUAAAACCAUCAGGCCGAGGCCGAGGGCGUCCCAAAGGCAGCGGGAAGAUGCGGCAGGCCACGGAGGGCGUGGCCAUGAAACGUGUUGUUGAAAAAUCCCCGGGCAAACUGCUGGUCAAGAUGCCCUUCAGCAAGGCAGAGUCCUCUACCGGCACCACCUCCACUGCCUCAAAGGUGGUGUCUCCUGCGCUCGUGACCAAGUCCCGUCCAGGCAGAAAGAGGAAAUCAGAACAGGAACCUACAGUUCCACCACAGACCGCCCCCAAGAAACGGGGCAGAAAACCCACCUCGGCUUCAGCAGCAUCAUCAGCUGCCACAGCAUCCACCUCCUCAGCAUCAGCCUCUGGUAGCUCUACAGCUGGCAGCUACACCGCAGCAGCCAUUCUAGCCGCCGAGGCUAAACGAAGAGCAGCCAAGGAGUCUUCCACUAAACCUGUCGUCCAGGAAACAGCCCUGCCAAUCAAAAAACGUAAAACAAGAGAGACAGUUGAAGAGAAGGAGAGUGUCCAGACACCCACUGCUUCGACAGCUGAGACUGAAAGAACGGCCACCACAGAGGGAGAGGGAGCUAAAGGGGAGGGAGUCGCUACCUCAGAGACUAAACCUGCCACCUCUGAGCAGAGCCAAUCACAUACACAGAAGCAGCCCACUUCUUCAGAAGAAGGCCAAUCACACGGACACAAAACACAUAGAGGAAGGAAGCACAAGGAGAAGACAGGAACAGCAGAAGGAGAAGGGGACAGAGGAAAAGAGGAAGCAGAUGAAGAUGUGGGUGAUACUGGUGGAGAAGGAGGAGGAGGAGGGAGGAGUAGCAGCAGCAGCAGUAGCAUUAGUCCAUCAAAAAGACACAAAAGGAAGGAAAGGACACCUCACAAACACCACCAUCACCACCACCACCACCACCAUCAUCAUCGCCACCAACACUCCUCUUCCUCCACAGAAGAUCAGCCUCCUCUUCCUCCAGCCUCUGCACCCCCAGAAUCCUCUAACCAGUCCAGGCCUGAAGCUGAGCCCCAGACUGUGCCUCAACUUAGACCCCAGCCAACACAGCAGGCUCAUUCCAGACCAAAGUCAAAGUCCGCCAUUCAGCCCCCAUCUGAACCCCGACAUCCUCCCCCUCAACCACGCCACCCUCCCCAGCCGCAUUCCCAGAACCAGUCACCAACUCAACCGCAGGCCCAAGCUCAGUUCCCAUCAGCCCAGCCAUCUCCUACAAGGCAUGUCCUUCCACAGCUAAGUCCCCAACUCCCCCCGUCCCAAACCCAGACUCAGCCCCAAGCAUCCCCCCAAAAAGCCCAGGCAAAGCCAGUCCACUCCUCAGCCCAGCACCAAACCCAGCUUCAGGCACAGCAUGCUCCAUCUCAGCCCCGACCCCCUCAGUCCUCAUCAACCCUGCAUGCUCAUCCACCCCAAACAAGGCAUCCACAUCUGCAGACCCAGAUCCCAACAGCCCUCCAAUCCCAGACCCCGCACAGACACCCCUCCCAGCCCCAACCCCAGCUCAAACAAUCUCUACCAGAGAUGCGGCAGUCACUUCAGCCUCAGACCCAGCUCAAACAAUCCCAACCUGAGACAAGGCAGUCACUUCAGCCUCAGUCUCAGGCCAGGACCCCUACCCAACUUCAAUCCCUACCCAGGACCCAGCCUCAGAAUCAACCCCAAUCCAGGGUCCAACUUCAGAGUCAGUCCCAGGCCAGAACACCAACACAAUUUCAAAUUCAAACCCAACCCAGGACCCAACUGCAGCCUCAACCCCAGUCCAGAGUUCAAGUUCAGAGUCAGCCCCAAUCCAGGACCCCGACCCAGCUUCAAACUCAAACCCAACACAGGACCCAACCGCAGCCUCAACUCCAGUCAAGAUCAUCUACCCAAAUUCAGCCUGCACCCCAGUCCAGGACCCAACUUCAAACUCAACCCCAAGCCAGGACCCAACCGCAGACUCAAUCCCUGUCCAGAAUUCCCGCCCAACUUCAACCUCAAAUGCAGCCAAGAACCUCUGCUCAGCUUCAACCUCACCUGGAGCCCAGGCAUCAGGUGCAACCCCAACAGCAGAUGAGACACCUUCCACAACAUCAACCCCAGACUCAAUACAGACCAGAACCCAGACAGCCAUCCUCCCAGCAGAGACCAUCCCAGUCCCAAUCCCAGUCCCAACCUCAGUCCCAAUCCCAGUCCCAAGCACAACCACACUUUCAGCGGAUUCAAAUGCAGCCGCGUUCCCAACCCCAACAUCCUCCUCAGCUCACCAGGCCCCCUGUGCAGCACCUCUCAUCCCACCGGCCAACUCCCAGCCUAACCAGGACCAACUUGGUCCCUGUUCUGCAGAACCAGAGCGAGCAGCCUCAAGAUCUGAGCACCCCACGGCCGAGGGAUCGAGGGAGCCUGCUGCCAAAUCGAGAGGUCACUGUGGAAAGGGUCAGGGCGGAGGAGAGAAGGCAGCCAGUUGAAAGCAGAGAGGUUGUAGGAGGUGGAAGGGGGUCAAACAGUACCUUGAGGUCCAUGCCUCCUGGACCUCCGGGAGUAGCCGGGGCAGGAGUCGGUCUUGUUCCUGGGGCAGAGGGUAGAGCUCGGCUCCGAGCAGAGCCUGAGGCAGCAGGUGAGGGGAGAGAGCUCAGAGACAUUGUCCCCCAGUCUGCCGUCCCCUGCCCCAGUCGAGAGGAAACCGUUGAGUCCCGGACUGUGGUCAGUGAACGAGUCAGCUGAUCAGUGAGGCUGGUGACCGAUCAGCUGGCUGAUGGACUAAGUCAGCACCCGUGGAAGAGGAGCGUUACUGGACUGUGUUUUCAGGUAGGAUCGGUACUCAGAGCCUUUCCUCUGUCUGAUUUUGUCUGAAGCCUCUGUAAAGUUCUGGAUCUGAGAAUCAUCAAGGAACUGAGAGACUGCUGAAGACCAGAAUGGAUGGAUGGCGUCUUUUUCUAGGAAAAAACAAACAAAAGGAAAACCGAAAAACAAGUGUGUGUGUGUAUAUAAUCAAAAGGCAGCUGUUGUGUCCCGCUAGUCUCCGUAGGGAGGGGGGGAAGUAGUUUGGAACUAAAACCCAACGCUUAACAACACAUUACUCUGAACGAAACGUUGCUUCCGGAAUAUAACCUCCUUUUUUAGUUGUAUUUUGAUAGUUUAUUGUUUUGUCUCUGUUACAGCUUUAAACUCUGAUAUUAUUGACUGAUGGUCCCUUAUUAUCGUUGUGCUGCUGACUGACGGUUCCUUAUUUCGUAUUCUGCUCUUUACUGACAGUCCCUUACUGAAACUGACGGUCCCUUAAUGAAACUAGUAAUUUACUGAAAGCCUCGGAGGGGAUGUGAGGCGGCGGUUUGCACCUUAAACUGGUUUCUCCUAAAUCUUACAGUUUGUUUUCCACACAUGGUUCCAUCAAACCCAUGAUAGAUAAAAAGGGGAUCGAUAAUACUGUCCAUCCUCGUCCACACUGCCCCCUUGAGGUAGCCGAUCUGAUGUAUGAGCAUGAACUGUUGACUCUACACAGAUCUGAGUUUUUUCAGUCUCUGAAGCUAAUGAGCAGCCCGCGGAGUUCUUGAUGCGCCUUAUCAGACUAGUCUGCUGUUUGAUAAGAAAUCCUGGACUGCUGCUUGUUUGUUCUUCGAUUUUGUCAGACGCAGAGAGUCGUUCUUCCAUGGCAGAGAUUCUUCCACACCGGCCUUCAUUGAAUCUGUUUGUUUUGGUCGUCUUUUUGUUCCCAAAAGAAGCUCUUUCAGUGUCAACCAAACCCACUUUUACAGUAGCUUUAUUUGAGUUUGUAGUCCAAAUGAACGAGUGGGAGAUGGAGUCAUUUUUAUCGUGUCUUCGUGUUGAAUGUCUGGAACAGUUUGCACUCCUCCAGUUUGUACAAUCAACCGCCUGCAUGUCGCUCGGACACCCUGUAGGCCUUCAACCGGAGAUGCACGUACGCAGAGUUUGACCUCGCCGGGGUUUCGCUGUCGGCCAUGUUGGUGAUGUGUACGUAGACAGAACCCAGGUGGAGGUCCGGUUCAGUUUCACGUGGAGUCAAUGUGCUGGAGACAGGAACGCAAACUGUUCACUGAGCAGGAAACUAACUUCUGAGUCUGGGGGUUCAGAUUUUAGAGCAUGAAGGAGAAACAGAGCAAAGAAUCACUUAACUCGGACCUAUGUGCGUGUAGCGCUUCUUACAUCUCUUUGGUUAGUGAUCUAUGGAGCUGUAGAAGAAGAUAAUUUCAGGAUUUAGAAGUUAAACAAAAUCUUAACCCUUUAGAUCCCACUGGUCAUGUGUUACUAACCUCAAAUGAUGGCAAAACAGCACAAUUUUAGUAUUCAAGAGGGUCCUAUUUACCUAGUAAUUUUGUAGAAAUAAGUUGUAAUUAUCUAGUGAUUUCUCAAGAAUAAGCUGGUAAUGAACUUGUAGUUAGUUUGAAUUUACCAAGUAAUAACUCUGGAAAAUUAAGUAAGUAUAUACCUAGUAUUAAAGUAUUACUUAACAAGUAUUACACUGUAAAAUUGUGGAAAUUCUCUGGUCAUUAGGUCAUAACCAAGCAGCAACCUCCAGUCCUGAAAAAUGAAGCCAACGCGGAAGUGCAAAAUACCCUCAACCUAAACGUUGUCAUAUUUUGACAGUUCUCUGGUAAUUAGGGGGCAUUUUACCGAGUAAUUUCUAAGAAAUAAGAUGAUGAUUUUUUCAUAAGCUGCUUGAUAAUACCCAGGUAAUUUCUUUUUUGAACCCACUAAAUUAAAGUGAGUUCUUCCUGAAUAAAUUUCAAGUGUUUUUUAGGGUUUAGGGUUAAGGGGUUUGGGUAGGAUUAGGGCUGAAGGAUGGGAGUCAGAGUAGGGUUAGGGGUUAAGGGU